AUUAACAAUUAAGGGAAUGAUCCAGUGUGUGAACAAAAACAAUGUCACUGUCCUCAGCUUGCGAAGGGCCCCCAAACUGCACGGUUGUGUCUCCAAGUAUGAGGAUGUGAAGAAUCAUGAACUACAGAAGAAGAAAUUUAUAGGGUUUUAUGACCGACGUGCCGGAAGAAGACUAAAGCAUUAUUUUUUGAGGACUGCCUACCAUAGGAACCAUACACCUCAUUCCGAAAAGGUCUACAAGAGUUAUGCCGAAAUUUUUGACCAAUUCGACAAGAUGUUUGUGAUCUUUCGCGAUGUCCUAUCAUAUAAGCCCGUUUUUAAACAAUAUUUCAACCAAAUGUUGAUCGAAAUGUUCGAAGAUCGCAUCAUGUAUGCCGAGGUGCGGAUGAACUUUCUCCCGCUAUACGGACCACGUAAUGCCACCUAUCCUGCAAAGGUGGCACUACGGCUAUUUCUUAAAAUAGUCAAAGAAUUCAAAGCUAAGCACCCCGGUUUCCUUGGCAUCAAAAUAAUUUCAACUGCCUCCAAGGAAGAGACCACACAACAUAUCAAGGAAAGGAUAAAGCAACACAGAGAGUUUCGCAAAAUAUACCCUGACAUAUUCAUUGGUUUUGACCUAAUAGGCUAUGAGGACGAGAGUAAAUCGUUAUACGAACUUAGCCAGAUACUUUUAAAAGCAAGUGAUUUGAGUCUCUUUCUUCACGCCGGCGAGACAAAUACUCAUUUGAGUCCCAUUGAUAACAAUGUUAUGGACGCUUUGCUGUUAAGGGCCAAAAGAAUAGGCCAUGGCUACUCUAUUUCCAGACACCCACUUCUCUUGGAUAAAAUCAUGUCCAAAAAAAUACCCAUCGAAAUAUGCCCGCUAUCUAAUCAAAUUUUUGGAUUAGUGGGAGAUAUGCGUACGCAUCCGGCUGCUGAGUGGUUUGCCCGUGGUGCGCCCUUAGUAAUAGGCAACGAUAAUCCCGGACGUUGGGAAGCUAAGGGAGUCAGCUACGAUUUCUACUUUGCCUUAAUGGGCAUUGCGCCCGAAUAUGCGAGUUUGGGAACUUUAAAAAAACUGGUAUGGAACUCUAUAGAAUAUUCCGAGCUAUCGAAAAUGCAGAGAAGAACUGCUUUUAAAAUAUUGAAGCGAGAAUGGGAUACGUUUAUUAAAAGGGUCGGUUCUUUGUUGCAUUGA